AUGAUGAACAAACUGAUUCACAAAUCUAUUUUCAUGUGUUUUCUGAAAGCAAACACAGGACUCGUCUUUAUCAAUCAGAAGAAAAACUGGAGAAACGCUCAGAGAUACUGCAGACAGAAUCACAUUGAUCUGGUCAGUGUGAGAAACCAGGAUGAGAAUGAGAAGGUUAAGAAGAUCAUUAGUGAUAAUAACUCAUCUGGAUCAUAUGUCUGGAUCGGUCUGUUCAGAGACUCAUGGCAGUGGUCAGAUCAGAGUAACUACUCUUUCAGUUACUGGAAUAGUGGUGAACCUGAUAAUAAUGGAGGUGAUGAAAACUGUACAGCUCUGUGGUUGGGUUUACGUCACUCCUGCACUGUGGGCAUCUGGUUCUGGGUGAGUGGAGAGACCGUGUGCUAUCAGAACUGGGCUCCAGGGAACGGCACAUCAGAGGAGGACUGUGAACACACAGUGAGAUCUGGAGCAGUUCAGUCUGGAGGAGAUCAGCGCUGGAUCAGCCGUCCUGAAACUGACAAACUCAACUUCAUCUGCAGCAGAUAUUAAGAGUGAAAGGAAACACAAACCUUCAUGUGAGGAAACAAGUGCUUGUGUGUUCACUUCCUUUAACUUCAUUUUCACUCAUCACUUUGUUAAACAAUCAUUAUUCAUAUAAUAACUUUAGUCUCAGCAGGCAGUCACACCAGAGGUGAAUCUCUUGCUCAGAUGAUUUUUGUUUGGUUGGUUGAUUUUUUGUUCAAAUUUUAUUCUUCAGUAAGCUGUUUCUGAGUUGUAAAUUGACUAAAUUAUUCAGUCAGGGUCUGUUUUCCAUCAGGUAUAUUAA